GUUCCACAGGGGAGGUCGGUGCCGCGUGCGCCCGAAGACCGAGUCGGACCGCCCGGGCCCGCUCAGGAUGGGGACGCGCAGGUCGACCCCUCGCCGCGCGGCGGGGCUCCUCGUGCUGCUCCUCCGAUGCUUCGGGCUGGCGGAGCCCGCUGGCCGCGCAGGUAAUGAUCCCUUCACCAUUGUCCAUGGAAACACGGGCAAGUGCAUCAAGCCAGUAUAUGACUGGGUAGUAGCAGCGGACUGUGAUGACACCAGGGACAUGUUAUGGAAGUGGGUGUCCCAGCAUCGACUCUUUCAUUUGCAAUCCCAGAAGUGUCUCGGCCUAGAUAUUACCAAACCCACAGACUUCUUGAGAUUGUUCAGCUGUGACUCCAAUGCUAUGCUGUGGUGGAAAUGUGAGCACUCCUCUCUGUAUGGUGCUGCUCAGUACAGGUUGGCUAUGAAGAAUGGACAUGCCAUAGCAACCUCAAAUGCAUCUGAUGUCUGGAAGAAAGGAGGCUCAGAGGAAAGCCUUUGUGACCAGCCUUACCAUGAGAUGUAUACCAGAGAUGGAAACUCCUAUGGGAGACCCUGUGAAUUUCCCUUCUUAAUUAAUGGGACCUGGCAUCAUGAGUGCAUUCUUGAUGAAGAUCAUAAUGAGCCAUGGUGUGCCACCACCUUAAAUUAUGAAUACGAUCGAAAGUGGGGCAUCUGCUUAAAACCAGAAAAUGGCUGUGAAGAUAAUUGGGAAAAGAAUGAGCAGGUUGGAAGUUGCUACCAAUUUAUUACUCAGGCAGCUCUUUCUUGGAAAGAAGCUUAUGUUUCAUGUCAGAAUCAAGGAGCUGACUUACUGAGCAUCAGCAGUGCUGCUGAAUUGACUUACCUUAAAGAAAAAGAAGACAUUGCUAGGAUCUUCUGGAUUGGCUUAAAUCAGCUGUACUCUGCUAGAGGCUGGGAAUGGUCAGACCACAAGCCAUUAAACUUUCUCAACUGGGACCCAGAUAGGCCCAGUGCACCUAUAAUAGGUGGAUCAAGCUGUGCAAGAAUGGAUGCUGAGUCUGGUCUGUGGCAGAGUUUUUCCUGUGAAGCACAACUGCCCUACGUCUGCAGGAAGCCAUUGAAUAACACAGUGGAGUUAACAGAUGUGUGGACAUAUUCAGAUACCCGCUGUGAUGCAGGCUGGCUGCCAAAUAAUGGAUUUUGCUAUCUGCUGGCAAAUGAAAGUAAUUCCUGGGAUAAGGCACAUAUGAAAUGCAAAUCCUUCAGUAGUGACCUAAUCAGCAUUCAUUCUCUAGCAGAUGUGGAGGUGGUCAUCACAAAACUCCAUAAGGGGGAUGCCAAGGAAGAAAUAUGGAUAGGCCUUAAGAACAUAAAUACACCAACUUUAUUUCAGUGGUCAGAUGGUACAGAAGUUACUCUAACAUAUUGGGAUGAGAAUGAGCCAAAUGUCCCCUACAAUAAGACUCCCAACUGUGUUUCCUAUGUAGGAAAGCUAGGUCAGUGGAAAGUCCAAUCAUGUGAGAAGAAACUUAAAUAUGUAUGUAAAAAAAAGGGAGAAAAACUGAAUGAUACAAGGUCUGAUAAGAUGUGUCCUCUGGAUGAGGGCUGGACGAGACAUGGAGAAACCUGUUACAAGAUUUACAAGAAUGAGGUUCCUUUUGGAACAAACUGUAAUCUGACCAUCACUAGCAGAUUUGAGCAAGAAUACCUAAAUGAUGUAAUGAAAAAGUAUGAUAAAUCUCUAAGAAAAUACUUCUGGACUGGUCUGAGAGAUGUAGCUUCACGUGGAGAGUAUAGUUGGGCAAAUGUUGGUGGAAUAAAGCGGGCUGUAACUUUUUCCAACUGGAAUUUUCUUGAGCCAGCUUCUCCAGGUGGGUGCGUAGCUAUGUCUACUGGAAAGUCUCUUGGAAAGUGGGAGGUGAAAGACUGCAGAAGCUUCAAAGCACUUUCGAUUUGCAAAAAAAUUAGUGGAUCCCUUGAGCCUGAGGAAGCAGCCCCCAAGCCUGAUGACCCCUGUCCUGAAGGCUGGCAUGGUUUCCCCUUGGGUCUUUCUUGUUAUAAGGUAUUCCAUGUAGAAAGAAUUGUAAGAAAGAGGAACUGGGAAGAAGCUGAAAGAUUCUGCCAAGCCCUUGGAGCACACCUUUCCAGCUUUAGUCAUAUGGAUGAAAUAAAGGAAUUACUUCACUUUUUAACAGACCAGUUCAGUGAUCAGCGUUGGCUAUGGAUUGGUUUGAAUAAAAGGAGCCCAGAUUUACAAGGAUCCUGGCAAUGGAGUGACCAUACACCAGUGUCUACUGUUAUCAUGGAAAAUGAGUUUCAGCAGGAUUAUGACAUCAGAGACUGUGCUGCUGUCAAGGUCGUUCAUAGGCCAUGGCGGCGAAGCUGGCAUUUCUAUGAUGACAGAGAAUUUACUCAUUUGAGGCCUUUUGCUUGUGAUACAAAACUUGAGUGGGUGUGCCAGAUUCCAAAAGGCCGCACUCCCAAAACACCAGACUGGUACAACCCAGAGCGUGCUGGAAUACAUGGACCUCCAGUUGUCAUUGAAGGAAGUGAAUAUUGGUUUGUUGCUGAUCCUCACUUAAACUAUGAAGAAGCUGUCCUGUACUGUGCUAGCAAUCACAGCUUUCUUGCUACUAUCACAUCUUUUUCAGGACUAAAAGCCAUCAGAAACAAAAUAGCAAAUAUAUCUGGUGAUGAACAAAAGUGGUGGGUGAGAACUAGUGAGCAGCCAAUAAAUCGUCGUUUUUUAUAUUCACAACAUCUGUGGCACCACUUUCCUAUGACAUUUGGAGAGCAAUGCUUGUACAUGUCUGCCAAGACUUGGCUUACUGACUUAGGUAAACCAGCAGACUGUAGUACCAAGUUACCCUUCGUCUGUGAGAAGUAUAAUGUAUCUUCAUUAGAGAAAUACAGUCCAGAUUCUGCAGCUAAAGUACAAUGUUCUGAGGGUUGGAUUCCUUUUCAGAAUAAGUGUUUUCUAAGGAUCAAACCCAUGUCUCUUAAAUUUUCUCAAGCGAGUGACACCUGUCACUCCUAUGGUGGCACCCUUCCUUCAGUGUUGAGCCAGAGUGAGCAAGAUUUUAUUACAUACUUGCUUCCGGAUAUGGAAGCAACUUUAUGGAUUGGUCUGCGCUGGACUGCCCAUGAAAGGAUAAGCAAAUGGACAGAUAACAGAGAGCUAACAUAUAGUAACUUUCACCCAUUAUUGGUUGGUAAGAGGCUGACAAUACCAACAAAUUUUUUUGAAGAAGAUUCCUACUACCACUGUGCCCUAAUACUCAACCUCCAAAAGUCACCUUUUACUGGGACAUGGAAUUUUACUUCCUGCAGUGAACAUCACUCUGUAUCUCUCUGUCAGAAAUAUUCAGAAAUUAAAGGCAGCCAGAUCUUGCAGAAUACUUCAGAAACUGUAAAGUAUCAAAAUAACCUAUACAAAAUAAUCUCGAAGACUCUGACUUGGCACAAUGCUCAACGGGAGUGUCUGAAAAAUAACAUGCACCUGGUGAGCAUCACGGACCCUUACCAGCAGGCAUUUCUCACCGUGCAGGCGGUCCUCCAUAACUCUUCCUUGUGGAUCGGACUCUCCAGUCAAGACGAUGAACUCAACUUUGGUUGGUCAGAUGGGAAACGUCUUCAUUUUAGUCGCUGGACUGAAAAUAAUGAGCAACUUGAAGACUGUGUGAUAUUAGACACUGAUGGAUUCUGGAAAACAGCUGAUUGUGAUGAUAAGCAACCAGGUGCUAUUUGCUACUAUCCAGAAAAUGACACUGAAAAAGAGGUCAAACCAGUUGACAAUGUUAAAUGUCCAUCUCCUGUUCUAAAUACUCCAUGGAUAGCUUUUCAGAACUGUUGCUACAAUUUCAUGAUAACAAAAAAAAGACAUAUGGCAACAACACUGGAUGAAGUUCAUUCUAAAUGCCAGAAACUAAAUCCAGAAUCACGUAUUCUGAGUAUUCGAGAUGAAAAGGAGAAUAAUUUUGUUCUUGAGCAACUCCUAUACUUCAAUUAUAUGGCUUCAUGGGUCAUAUUAGGAAUAACUUAUGAAAGUAAGUUGAAAAUCUGAUUUUUUCUAUUUGCAUUCAUACUUCAUUAUAACCUAUUUAUCAAUCUGUUGAACUAUAGUGCUUUGAAGUACAUGACUGUCAACCUAUAAAAGUAUAAUUAUUUACUUAACAUGACAUAUAAAUACCAAGUCAGUU